GUUGGUUUCAGACAACAACAAAAUUAUUUCUCUUGUGUUAUCAGGAAAAAAAACAACUUUGAAAGAUGAAGUUGGUGAUUCUCAUGUCGUUCUUGCUUCUGCUUCCAUUGUGCUCUUCAGGGUUUGAGGAGGAUCAUGGAGUUGCUCAUACUGACCAAUAUUCCUUAAACAAGGUUGAAGAGACUAAUCCGGUGAUUAUGGAUUAUCCGGACCCAUGCCCAAAUCCAAGACAUGACCCAACAAAAUCUCCGCCACCGCCGCCGCAGAACUGAAAGCAAAAAUAUGUAAUAUCACUACAUUGGAUCAUUCCAUCUUUAUGAUUAUGAUAUGUACUAUCAAACUAAUCAUCUAAAUAAAGUAAAAUACUAUUA